UGCGUUGACAUGCCUCUUGAUUGUGUAAGAGAUAAUACCUCUAUUUCCUCCAAGGGCAGCAAAACAUAAAGCAGAAGAGAACAGAGAAGCAUGGAGAACACGUCUGAUCACACUUGCAGUACUUCUCACUUUAGGUAUCCACUCUUCACAGCAAUAUACAGUCUGGUGUUGCUUGUGGGUCUGCCACUGAAUGCUUUCUCCCUGUGGAAACUUGUGCGUCGAAUAGGGCUUAAGUCAGUGCCAGUUAUUUACAUGGCGAACUUGGCACUGUCUGAUCUGCUCUUCACACUCUCUCUGCCAUUGCGAAUCCUCUACUUCUCCACGGGUGUGUGGAAGUUGAGCAACAUCAGCUGCAUGAUUCCUGGGACCCUGUUCUCAGUCAACCUCUAUUCCAGUUCUUUGUUCAUCACCUUGAUCAGUGUGGAUCGUAUGCUGGCUGUGGUGUACCCACUACGCUCGCGCUCCGUGCGCACUCGCUUUGUCUCCUGGGUGGCGAGCGUGGCAGUGUGGAUAGGCAUCGCCGGUCUGUCUGUUCCAGUGGCCUUAAACCAUGGGGUCAACAACGAUACACACUGCAGGGUCAGCCGCUGCUUUGAGCACUUCUCUCCUGCUGAGUGGGGAAAAGGUUUUUACAUCCUUUGCAUUAUUUCUACGUUGGGGAUUUUUAUCCCUUUCGGAAUUAUCUUCGGUUGCACCAUUGCCAUCAUCCGAAAGCUGCGAGACAGAGCUCAGUCCACCUCAAAGGGCAUAUCGGAGACCAAUCUGGACAGGAGCAAGAUGGUGAGGCUGUUCCUGACAAAUUUGCUCAUCUAUGCUGUAUGCUUCAUCCCAUUCCAUGUUGCCUUUAUUCUCUAUGGGUUGUACAAGCUGAAGAAGUUGGAAUACAACUAUUUUGAUGUCCAGACUGUAACCAUGUGCUUGGCCAGCACCAACAGCUGCUUGGACCCACUAAUCUAUUACUUCAGCUCCAUUAACAUUCAGAGAAACAAGGAAACAAGAUCACUGAGAACAGUCCUACCAGAGCACUGAGUUGACCUGACCUGAAGAGACUUUGAUGAUGUAAGAUAAGUAUUAUGUUCUAAUGACAAACCAAUUUACCAGAUCUCAAUGCAUCCAUGUGUGGUACACACGAUGCCACAGUACACAUACAGCACAAUGUUCUUUUUGCUUUUGU